AUGAAUAAAGAUAAAAAACGUCUUCUAGACGACAUAAAAUUCGAUUCAUCAUCAAUGAAACAUAUUCGUCUUAGUAUAACUUGUUUAUUUGAUUUACCAGAUAAAAUUUUACUUUUCAUUUGUCGUUAUUUAUCUUCCUAUGAUAUUCUUUAUGCAUUUUAUACACCUUCAACACCUGAACAACGUCUUCAUCGUAUGAUAUUGGAUUAUCGUACAAACAUAAAAAUUGAUGGAAUAAAAAAUAAUGAAUACAAUUAUCUAUCAAAAUUAUUUUCUCAUUCUCAAACUCCUUUACGACCAAAAUCACUCGCAGUGAAUAAUGAACAUAUUACUUGUUUAACGUACUAUUAUUUUACUUCUACACCUGAACAUGUAAUUCAAUCGAUGUUUAGUAAUUUAAAACAUCUUACAUUAACUUAUUGCUCAGAAAGUGAUCUUCAAUAUCUGAAUAAAUAUAUUGGAAAUUUAACAGAACUUCAAUAUCUUCAUAUAACUAUUCAGAAACCUGAUAUCAAUCAAGAUAUGGAUUAUCUUAAAACAUGUAAUAUAUUAUUUAAUCAAUUAUUAUUCAAUGAAAAACAAAUCUCUUCUAUUCGUACAAUCAAUUAUCAAAUUUAUUAUGGACUUUUAUUAAAUAAAUCAUUGAUAUCUCAUGAUAAUCUUCGAAAUGUAAAUCUUGUUUUACAAACUAUUGAUGAUUUAUAUAUAUUACUUGAUGGACUUGUUCCAAAUGUCCAAACGAUGAUUAUUAGAGUGUUUCAAUCAAGAAGACGUUCUUGUCAUUAUCCUCAAAGUGCACGAUGGGUAUGUACUCAAUUAACUGAUUUUACAUUAAUCGAAUCAUCUACUGAAUUUGUCAUUGGUGAUAUGAAAUCUAUUCUUGCUUAUAUGACAAAUUUAAUUAAAUUAACCUUAAGUAUUCAAGAUACAUUGGAUCCGCUAUUUUGUCAUGGUCCCACUAUUGAAUCAAUGUUAAAUGAAUAUCUUCCACAUCUUCGUCAAUUUCAUUAUACAAUAACUCAUCAAAUGACUAAGCAAAUCUUAAUUGAAAAUUUUGUUCGAUGGCCAAUGAAUAUUACAUAUUAUGGUAUGGAACAUGGUAGAUGGAUACAUAUUUAUUCUUUACCAUGGCCAUCAAAUAAAAAUGAUAAACGACAAUUGCCUAUUGUCAGAGUUGAAUCAAGUCCAUCAGUAUCAUCAAAUGUUAAAAGAUCUGCAUUUUUAGCUAUUUUUUCAACAAAUUCAACAAUUCAACCUUCUGUUCGUCAUUUAAUUGUUGAACGGCGUUUAUAUGAUGAAAGAGAAAUGUCAAUACUUGUUCAUCAAUUUCCACAUGUUAAAUAUUUAAAAUUAAAUCUUCCACUCAAUCAAUGUCCAUUUAUUAAUUGUUUAAACAUUUUACUCAAACAAGAGGAUAAUAUUAAAAAGACAAGCUGUUAUUGGACUGAAUUGAUCUGUUUUUCAACACAAUUGUUUUAUGUACACAAAAGAAUUAUUUCAAAUGAAAGUCAAUUGCAUGAUUGGUUCAUUCGAUAUUCAAAUUUAACAUGUCAUAAAAAUUUUCUUGAUAAUUAUCGUUCUUCUUCAACUUUAACUAUUUGGUAUUAA